CCGUGUUCCGGCAAAGUUUUAAUGAAAAUCGGGUACCAAUAAUAAUCGGCUAAACGAGACGUGCUUGAUUGUGUACAUGUCAUUCGGCUAAAAACUGUAAACAUGGGAGGACCAUUGCGUUUUGACGGAAAAGUUGUUCUUGUCACAGGGGCUGGACAAGGUUUAGGCCGCCAGUAUGCUCUACAGUUUGCAGAGAGAGGGGCAGCUGUGGUAGUAAAUGACCUUGGAGGAAGCUUCAAAGGAGAAGGUCAAAGCACACGAGCCGCUGACACCGUUGUAGAGGAGAUUCGGGCCAAAGGUGGCAAAGCAGUUGCUAAUUAUGAUUCUGUAGAGUUUGGAGAGAAACUUGUUGAGACUGCUAUUAAGGAGUUUGGAAGAAUAGAUAUUGUGAUUAACAAUGCUGGGAUACUGAGAGACAAGUCGUUUGCCCGCAUCAGUGAUCUUGACUGGGACUUGAUUCACAAGGUACACCUUCGUGGCUCUUUCUCUGUCAGCCGCGCAGCAUGGCCCCAUAUGAGAAAGAACAACUUUGGAAGAAUCAUCAUGACAACAAGUGUUGCUGGCAUAUUUGGAAACUUUGGCCAAGCCAACUACAGCGCAGCUAAGAUGGGACUAGUUGGCCUUAGCAACACACUGUCCCUUGAGGGCAAGAAGUACAACAUCACGUGUAACGCCAUCGCCCCGACAGCUGGCUCCAGGCUGACAGAGACUGUCAUGCCCCCUGAGCUGGUAGCGGCCCUCAAGCCAGAGUAUGUGGCCCCCCUUGUACUAUACCUGUGCCAUGAGGGCACCCAGGAUACUGGGGGACUGUUUGAAGUUGGGGCUGGAUGGAUAGCAAAAUUACGCUGGCAGAGGACAAUUGGUGCUGUAUGCAGGACGUCCACCGUUCCCAUGACUCCAGAGUCUGUCCGAGACCAGUGGGACAAGAUCACAGAUUUCUCGGAGGCCAUUCACCCUGUGUCUGCAGCUGAGACAACCCACCACCUGAUAGGGGUUCUGGGGGAGCUGGAUGGGGGCACGGGAGGGGGAACUGGAGGGGGCAAACAGGCCUCCAGUAAACCCAGUCAGUCAGGGGGAGGGGUGGACGAUGGCAUCAACAUUGAAGCUGCCAUGGCGGCCAAAAUCAAGCCUACGCAGUAUGUGUACACGCCGAAGGAAGCAAUCCUGUAUGCUCUCUCGGUUGGUUACACGACAAAGGAUGCGGACUAUCUCAAGUUCCUGUAUGAGGGGGCAGAAGAUUUCAGCGUGGUUCCCAGCUUUGCCAUCCUGGCCUCACAAAACAGCUCUGUGGGUCUCUUCUCGGGUGGUAUACCCGGCAUCAACAUCGACAUUACCAAGAUACUGCAUGGGGAGCAAUAUAUGGAGCUGUACAAACCUUUUGCCCCCAGUGGUACACUGACUUCCCAGGCCCGCAUUGCCGACAUUGUGGACAAAGGUGUUGGAGCACUGAUUGUUAUAGAUGUGGAGACGUUUGAUGAACACAAGGAGAAGGUUGCUUUCAACCAAUCGGCCAUAAUGGUGGUGGGUGCCGGGGGUUUCAAGGGAGCGAAAUCAUCAGAGGUGCUCAAGCCGAUGAUGAAACCUCCAGCUCGAGCCCCAGAUGCUAGCAUUGCUGAGAAAACCAGCGUUGAUCAGGCUGCCCUGUACCGGCUGACUGGAGAUAGGAAUCCACUGCACAUUGAUCCCAGCUUUGCAGCCAUGGGAGGAUUCAAACAACCCAUCCUCCAUGGAAUGUGUAGCUUUGGCUUUGCCACGCGUCAUGUUCUCAAGACCUACGCUAACAAUGAUGUCUCGAAAAUAAAGGCAAUCAAGGUUCGUUUUUCAAAGCCUGUGUUGCCAGGGGAGACCAUUCACACUGACAUGUGGAAGGAAGGCAAACGUAUAUACUUCCAGUGUAAAGUUGCAGAGACAGGGGUGGUUGUCCUGACUGGGGCGUAUGUGGACCUGUAUGAAGAGGCAGGCACUGGGGAGAUUACCACAAAGUCUUCAAACAGCAGCAUGGCUUUGAAGAGUGAGGCAAUUUUCAAUGCGAUCGUCGAGCAGUUUAAAACUCGCAAGGGAGUUGCAAAGAAAAUCAAUUCUGUCUUUGGAUUUGAAAUCACACAGGAUGGAAAGACAGUUGCUGAAUGGACGGCUGACAUGAAGACCGGUGAGGGAUCUAUCUACCAAGGGGGUCCCAAGAGUGGCAAGGCUGACUGCACCAUUGUCAUCUCGGAUGACAACUUUGUUGACCUGGUAUCGGGAAAGCUUAACGGACAGCAGGCCUUUAUGACUGGCAAAAUGAAGCUGAAAGGCAACAUCAUGCUAGCCCAGAAGUUAGGAGAAUUAUUCAAAGAUCAGUCCAAGUUGUAGUCCACUCACCUUCCAUAUGAACUAUGCCUCAACUGUGAUACGAUUUUAAAAUAUGAGGCAGGCAGUAUGGGACUGUCACAUAACGACUAUCAACAGUGUGUUCAUGAUUUAAUUGCCGGGUAUAUACAUUUGAUUUCAUCAUUGUAUUGAUUUGGAUGUUUUCUUAUAAACAUUUCUGUUUAAUUAUAAGUACUUUAAUCUUUUGAUUGGUAUGACUAUUUAAAAAUAUAUAAUUCAGUCAGUUUGUCUCAUAAUUCAGAGACAUAUAAUAAGGUUAUAUACAUAUAUCUGGCCCUGUGUCAUGUUUAAUCACCCCAGAUCAUUACGCUCGAACCUCGAGGGCUGUUUUUGAGUUUUCUGGACCUAGAACAGUAGCACUCAUUUUGUUAUGUCUUUUACUCAGACUUGCAUGCAGACAGACUAUUGAAUAUACUAGAAUAUGGCAAUCACAGUGCCAUUUAAAAUAAGCAUGGUCAAGACCACAUACUAGACUUUUGGUUUGACAUACUUUGUGAAACAUUAUGAAUCAAUUGUAAUUGAUUGUGGUUGACAUGAUUUCAAUGUAAUUGCACGUUGGCCAGACUCGUGUAAUAGACAUAAUAUUCAAAGUGAGAGUGAGAUUUUAUUUGGGGAUAAAAGUGUAUCAACAUCGUACUAGUUAUGUGCUAAUAAAGUUAAAAUGUA